ACAAAAUUUUCAUCGAUCUGUUAGCAGAAUGGCGGAAAUUAACAACCACUCCAAUCAAGAAGAACAGCUGCACAACGAGCUGAAUGAAGUCAAACGAAGUCUGGAAGGAUGGAGAGAAGUGCUCCUUCCACUAAAUGGCCUCCUGAAUUGGGAAAAAACUUAUCAUCCUGCCAUUAUUAUUGGAUUAAACACAUUCAUAUUCUUGUUGAUAUGGUACUUCGAGCCAUCAGUCUUGACCACUUUUGCUCUGCUAGGAUUGGCUGUGAGUCUUAUUGAUUUUCUUGUGCCUAUGAUAGGUCCAAAUAUCCUGGCAUCAAAAUGGACUGGUCGACAGGAGAAUCAGUAUGAAGACAUUUGCAGGAGAAUCAUGCAUUUUAAGUAUCACUUUAGAAAUCUGACAGAAUCUCUGGUUUCUUUGAAGACAGAAAGACCCAAAACGUAUUUCCUUAUUGUGAUGGGAGCAUUAGUAUCUAUGGCUUGGAUGGGAAGUAAAAUGGACAACCUCCUCCUGACCUAUUUCCUUGUCACCUUAGUAAUGUUGGUACCAGGUAUAAGACGCCAUGGUAUCCUGCAGAAGUACUUCUCUCAAGCCUUUGGUGUGAUCACAUCGCUCAUCAGAGGAAAAACCAAAAAAUUCAAGUCCAGUUAGACAGUGAGGGUGGUUAUCAACACCUUUCACUUUGUCCCUUCUAACCCACUCAAUACAUUACCAGCUUAACAGGGGGACUUUCAUCUGUGAUUUUCCCCCAAGGGGCACUAACCUCUGUAUAUGCUGCAUCUAUAUAUUAUAAGAGAUUUGGCUUUUUUUUUUAAUUUAUUGAACUUUUUAUUGUGUUUAAAUUUACAAAUUCAGUCGAACUUUGUUAUUUCGAAGUAAUCGGGACCAUUUGAAACCUUCAAGUUAUCUGAGUAUUCGAUAUAAGUGAGAUCAAGUGUUCGAUGAAAAGUUUGGCAGAGACAGACAGAAUACUUCAAAUUAAAAUGGGUCGUCCAGUUAUACAAGUUUGGGAUAAUGGCAUUGGGCUGUAAUAGAAAAAGUGCUCUUAGGGUUUUAAGUAGAAACAAGAGGAAAUGGCUUUUUUUUUUUUAAACAAAAUGUGCCAUGAAUAUUUUUUCCCAAAAAAAUCCAACAAAGAGACUCUCUUUUAAUGUUACUGUAACUUCAGUUAGGGCGGUUCCAGAAUUAGCUAUGUGUGAGAGAUCAAGGGUACCUUUUAAAAAACUCCAAAUACCAAGUGCCCUUAUGUUUUUUGGUAGAGAACAAGAGAAAAAUUGCUUUUUAAGCAAACUAUCUAAGUUGAGUUUCGGCUAUUGCAGAGUCACUACACAAGAGAGAUUUGAAGGCUGCUUUCAAUAGACCCAGCCCCCAAUGGGAUGAUUUAUGAUAGGCAUGUCUUGAUGAAUUAUUAAAUGAGGCAUAUUUUGAUAAUUUUACCUCUUAAAGAAAAGGGGGUGAAUUGGUCACAGAUAGGCAUAUCUUGUUAAAUCAAUAUAUAAAGAGGGUGAAUUGAUCACAGAUAGGCAUAUCUUGUUAAAUUUACCUCUUAUAUAAAGAGGGUGAAUUGAUUACAGCAUAUUCCAGGGUCGCCUAUGCCUUCAAACUCUCCGUUACAAUCAGUUUUGGAAUAGUCAUUGUUGGUGUGUAUGAUCAUUACAUUGAAAUAUUUUCAGCUUUAUGUGAAUGGAAAGUCUAAUUUCUGCAAGAGCAACAAAGUAUUAUUGUUAAAUUUUGUUGUAUGAAGCUUGUGCAGAUGUGAAUCACAAGGAUUUAUUUGUUUGUAUAAUAAUAAUACUUUAUAGCUGUUCAGUGUUCAGGUGAUGUUUUCAUUGCACAAUUAUUUACCGGGUAUUUGAAUAAUACUUUGCAUUAAUGGAAAGUUAGUUUGAAAUGAAAAUAUUCACAUUUUGAGCUAUUUCUGUCUGUUUCACAAUUGAUAUCAAUUUCUCACAAUGGAAUGAUUCUAGACAUAAGAAAAUUGAUCACUUGCAGUCUCCUGUGUUCUGGUUUAUUUGACAUUAGUAAAGUGACAUUGAAAAAAAAAAAUUGUUCUGUUGACUUGUUUCUGUACAUCAGAAAGUUAACAAUGCAUGAAAAAUUUAGUAAAAUUUAGUAGUGGUUUUUUCUGUUUUUAUCUUAUUAUUUAAUGGUUUUUAAGUUAUAAUUAUUAAAAGCCAAAAGUCCAACCCUCUACAUAUGGGAUUUGUUUUAAUUUUAGGGACCAUGUCCAAUGUAGUUUUGUUGCUUAAUUUUUAGCCUCCAUGUCUGUUAUUGUUGAAAUUUUUGUUUUUAUUGUUAAAUGUAUCAUGUUAUAUGUAUUGCACAAUAUCCAUUUUAGUUGAAUGAAUACCUUGUUUAUAAGAUAAGCAUACAAUGUUAACACAAAUGUGUUCAUGACUUUUUUUAAAACUAUCAAUGCUGAAAGAGACAGCCAAACAGGUCUAAUUUGACAGUUUUUAGCAUGUAUUUGUCUUCCAUAUUGAUAAGCCUUUUUUGGUCACAUGACCAGGGUUCAUGACCAGAUGACUGUGGUUCAUGGUGAGAUGAACAGGGUCCAAGGCAUGUUGACCAGAUGAUCAUGUUUAAAGGUUUUUGCCACAACCGUGACCAGAAUUAAUGGCUUAAUGUCCAAAUAUGAGACAGAUAAGUGAGGUUCAUGAACACAUGAAUAUUAUACGUUCAUGAACGUUGAAGUUCAUGACUAGAUGACUGGGGUUCAUGGCCAGUUAUCUCCCUUUCUCUAUACCUCUGUGUCUCUUUACAUAUAUGGCUGUCGUGAAUAUAAUAUAUACAGUAUAUUGGUGUUGUGUAAUGUAGUAAGAAGUUUGGUGCUGUAGAAAGGUAAUUUUAAUAAAAUUCAUUGUGUAUCGCUUGUAACAGGUACAUACUUAAUACAGUUUACAUAGACUGAGUGAUGAGAAAUUGAUUUUCUCGCUGCAGUAAUUUUCGUAAGUGCCACUUGAAAAAAAAACUCUCCGAUUCACCUCCCUGGACAUUUUGUCCUUAUCAUGAAGAUUUAAAUGCAUGUCAUAUUCAUAUUUGUAGUGUAUUUUCUAUUAAAUUUUCUUGAAAUAUAAAAUGUAAUGUAGUUGGUAGAAUUACAGUAAGAUUUAUGAAGUUUGAACUGUACUCAGUCUGUUCCUUUUAUUGAAUCCAGGGAAGGCUGGUUUUGUAUUUUUAUAGUCAUGUCUGUAUAACUGCAGACAAAAGCUUGAUAACUAUGACUGCAUUUUUGUGUUGAUAUUUAAGUGUUAGGGUCAUUUAGUCAUACAUCAUCCUUCCCACCUAUAUAGCCCUGUUUCUAUCAAUACAUGCAGAAGCAGUGACUCACCGACUCUAAAGUAAAACAGUUAGUGUUUUGUUCAGGUUUUGUGAAAAAGAAAAGGCAUUAUAUCAAGGUUUUAUUGCAGCAAUAUUGAUAAUAUCCUUAAAAGUUUAAACUUGAUUCACAGUGAUACAACUUCAUAAAGUGACAAACUAACAACCAUUCUUGUUAUUCAUUAUCUUAACAUAACCUGUGCCAGAGUUGAAUUGAAUUAAAACCUAUCAAGUUGGCAUUCAUAUUGCCCACUUAUGCCAGCUGAAAUUAGUUAAGGCUCCUUAACUCAAUGAAACAGUCCUGAAAUAACAGUUAAAGCAAAAAUGAAUUUCAGAAGAGCAUUUUCUUUAGCUUCCGUUAUGCUUUCCUUUUAAAAGAAUUUUUUAAAAUUUCAUGAAAGUCAUGCUCUAAAUAAAAUAUUCAUUAAUAAAACAAAAUUGCUAUGAAAUGUUCCAUAUGGUAUCGUGAUGGUAUAGUUUUAUAUGUAAAUAGUUUAGAUAAAAUUUAUCAAAUUACUGUCUCAAGCAUAAAAAUCAAUCAUGUUUUUUACUUGUUUUAAGAUGCCCACAAAAAUAGGAUUUGGAAAAUGUUGAUCAGAAUCAUGUUUACAGAGGAGCAACGAAUGUCUAUAUCAUAUUAAUUGGAUGUAGAUAAAUAAAUUUAUACAUUUACCAGGUUUUGGAGGCCAUAUUUAAUGGCAUAAUGCCCAAUAUUUAAAAAAAUGCCACUGUGGAGACAAAACAUUAUUCUGGCAGAUUUGUCAGUUUUGGGGGAAUUCAGGAGAAAGUUUUAGAGCAAAGUUAAAUUUGAUUAUGUUUUUUUGUUUUUUUCUUCAGUUUUGAAAAUUCAUCUUGUCUUUUUAGAACAUAACAUAUUCCUACCAAUAAAGAUAUAAUCUGGCACAGAGUUGUCUCCCCUACUAUCUUGCAAAAUUAUGGUAAUCCAUUUUCAAAUGACAACACAUUUUUAAUGAUAUGCUAGAUAUAUACAUGGCUGACCAUUACUUGACAAUCACUAUUCAUAAUACUUCGAUUUUUAUUCGAAUUAAGUUUAAUUAUAGUCAGUAAACCACCAAAGUCCUAUCAGAGUGCACUUAAACAUACUAAGUACGGUUGAUGAUUAACAUUUAUGAUAUAAUGGAUUAUAAAUAAUAUCCAACCAGAUAAUGUAUACAACAAUGCACUAAUUAUCUUAUUUAAAUCUUUUGAUUUAUAACAUGAAACAGAAUCUCAUUUCAGGUGUUUAUGGGAAGAAUCUUCCAUGUUUAUCAUAAAGAUCAUGAGGUUAUGAUAACAUAGUCUUUUUUGUUUUGUCUGGUCCAAACGAUUUUAUCAGAGUUGUCCAUUUCAGAAAUGAGGACAGAUCUAAUGAUCUUUUUUGGCUUUCUUGUGAGCUGUGAUAAGAGCGUAGAAGCUUGUGUUUUUUUAGUUUGCUUGUAACUUUCUCAUUGAGUGCCAGGGAUAAUAUUAAUGUGUUAUAUCCAUUUGUUAUGUUUUUGUGAAGCCCAUGUGAUCAGGUGUAAGUACAUUUGUAUGUAAAUGAUACAUCCAUCCAAGUUAAAAAUUGUCAAAGAAACAAGAGAAAACAUUUCAAAAGCCACCAGAGAGUAGACUGUUGAUAAAAAUUUAGAUUUAAAAAUGUUGAAACAUGGAUGGUUUACUGAACCCAAGGACAGAUAUCUGUAAUAUUAUCAAGAGUUUACACAAUAUUCAUGACUUAAUAACUGUCCAAUUAGCAUCAUAAAUUAUUGCAAUUAAUUUCGUUUUGGACAGCUCUUCGCUUAAUACUUUCUUUACCCAUCUUGGAUUUUGACCUUGAAAAAUUUGUUAUUGUUUGUUUAGGUCCCGGUGAUGGCAAUUGAUUUGUAAUGUAUUCUCAUGUAACUUUGAUUGACAGUUUUGAACCCAUUUUUUCUCUCAAAUUCUUUCAUCAUAUCUCACUGUACAUGAUGCCAUCUACAAGUAUUACAAAGUAUCCGUAUGUGUUAGAUUAUAAAAGCUAAAACAGUGUGUGGAUAUAGAUUGCAUGUUUUUGAGAUAAUAAACAAUGGUAUAAUC